AUGGAGAUUCACUCAGUGCUGCCUGAAGAACGUGCGAGGGACCCGAAAGGCGAGACUCUCCCCUGGGGCUACCGGUACGCCGAUUCCGCCAGGAAUGGCCGACAACCCGAAGAGAGCGGCCCUUUCGGUCGCAAUCGCAGUCUAAGAGUCACCGGAUCACGUACGCCGCGCGCAAGAACUGGCACCACCCCAGUGCGACAGAAGGAGAAUUCAGCAGUCGCGGAUUUUGGUCGGUUGUUCGCCAAAGAACUGACGAAAGAGGAGGAGAGAACCAAGAGCACUCUGACAACACCCUCAGCCAGCGCGGGCGAUGCGGCACGGCCGACGAUCGAACCGGAGGCCGUCCCGACAGAAUGUCUGCUCUACGGCUACGCAUCCAAGGCGUCGGAAUGGAAGGUCUUGUCCAAAUUCGAGCGGAUCGUUGCCCCAGGGUUCAUCUGCGAAGACUAUCCACGUGAAGACCCAAACCUGUUCCUCUCGUCCAAUUCUCCCGUCAGCCUGGCACGAUCUUCGCUGGUGACGCAUGCAAACCUAAGUCGCGAAGCAAUCAGGAAAAGCAGAAUAUACAACGGGGGCCAACAUUGGAUCAAAGUCACCUUCGAUUCGUACCAGGCCGCGGACAAGGCAUGCUUCUACAGCCCGGUCGAGAUCGACGGCUGUAUGGUCCAUUGCGAGAUGUGGCAUGGAAAGGGGCCCGGCGCAGACGUGGCCAUACCCAAUGGACCUCUUGGAACGGAGAAAUCGAAUCUUCUUACCCAACAACCGGACAAUGGUCGAAAAGCCCGGACUCUGAGCGCUUCGCAAUCAACCAGAAUGUUGACAGGGAAAGACUCGGCAGUUGCAGGCUUUGAGCGAGUAUUGCAGACCCUCCCUCGCUCCCAUACGAUGCCCGAUGUGCAGUACGGCCAGCCCACGACCGAUCCUGACGACGAGCUGUCCAUCACGUCCGCUACGGCAUCAUCGGCGACCGCGACAGCGGCCGAGCUCGCUCCUCCGCCGCCGUCCGGUCUUCGAUCCCGUUCCGCCCCCCCACUACCACUGACAGCCAGCCAAGGCGGCGGCCAACACGCAGCGCCGACCGACUCGCAGUACAUGACGCAUAUCAAAGUCAAGAAGGCGGUCCUGCGUCCGAUUUCAGAAGCUCUUCCACCCCAGCCGACGUUGGCGGAGCGGGUACUUAGGAGCAUCCCCGUCGUGACAUGGUUCGUGGGCAGCAGCAAACAGGGAGCUACAGGCGACAUCAUCGGCGAAGGGCCGUUGCUGAAGGAGGAUGGCACCUGGGACCCAGUUAACGGCUGGUACUGGACAUUCUGGCAUUCGGUGGAUGGCUGGCUGGGGACCGAUUUCUGUGGCCUCAAGGACGAUUGA